AUGUCCCUCAUGGAACUGCAUUCUAUUCGACGUCGAUCGGAUGAAUAUUCACAGUCAUUUAUUUUGUUAACAACAUGGAAAGAAAUUGUCCAGUGGUUGAAAUUAUCACCUUAUUUACGAAAGAUUUCUAAUACAUAUGAAUACAUUUUUUGGAAUAAAAAUCGAAAAUGUGUUGUCAGUGAAGAUGAUACAAUAACAUUGACAAUUGAUGAUAUUGAUGAUAAUUUAAUCUCAGGUGAUCACCAAACAGCAACAAUUAAUUUUUCAGUUGUUGAUAAAAAUCUAGUAAUAACAGUAACAAUAAGAAACAAAAACGAUGAUGACAUUCUAAAAUUAAACUGUUCUAAAAUGUUAACAAUUGGACGUUUAUGUGAUAUAAGUUGUUUGUUAUUCAAUGGAGAGAGUAAAUACUAUCGUUUAGAUGAUUCAGAAGGAUAUCGUCUGGAUGAAAAAGACACAUUGGAUAAUCUUAAUGAAGAAGCAAAUGAAUUUCAAUUUCAAUUUAUUUGCAAAGCACAAAUCAAACGUUUAAUCAAAAAUAGUCGAACUGCCCUGCCAUUUAAAAACAUCACUCGAUGA